GGCUUGGCUGGGCAUGUUUAAGCGCACAGUGCUCUCCUGCCCACCCUCAGCAGCACCCCCACUACAGGCUCGAGGAGCUUUCCGGAGCUUCCCACACUUCUGGGGAGAAGACUUCUUAGCCAGCUUGAUGUUUAAAAUUCAGCUGGAGCCCUUAAAACUUCGAGCGUGGACGCUGAAUGGGUUUGUAAAGUUUCGAAACAAGGAGCCCAGCACCGGUCCAGUGGCUGUGAUGGGAAAAGAUUAUUACAAGAUUCUCGGAAUCCCGUCAGGGGCCAAUGAGGAUGAGAUCAAGAAAGCCUAUCGGAAGAUGGCCUUGAAAUACCACCCAGACAAGAACAAAGAGCCCAAUGCUGAGGAGAAGUUUAAGGAGAUUGCUGAGGCCUAUGACGUGCUGAGUGACCCUAAGAAACGGAGCCUGUAUGACCAGUAUGGGGAGGAAGGCCUCAAGACCGGCGGUGGUACGUCAGGUGGCUCCGGUGGCUCCUUUCACUACACCUUUCAUGGGGACCCUCAUGCCACCUUUGCUUCCUUCUUUGGUGGCUCCAACCCCUUCGAUAUCUUCUUUGCCAGCAGCCGCUCCACUCGGCCCUUCAGUGGCUUUGACCCAGAUGACAUGGAUGUGGAUGAAGAUGAGGACCCAUUUGGUGCCUUUGGCCGCUUUGGCUUCAAUGGGCUGAGUAGGGGUCCAAGGCGAGCUCCAGAACAGCUGUACCCCCGGCGCAAGGUGCAGGACCCCCCUGUGGUGCAUGAGCUUCGGGUGUCCCUGGAGGAGAUCUACCAUGGCUCCACUAAGCGUAUGAAGAUCACAAGACGGCGCCUUAACCCUGAUGGGCGAACUGUGCGCACUGAGGACAAAAUCCUGCACAUCGUCAUCAAGCGUGGCUGGAAGGAAGGUACCAAGAUCACCUUCCCCAAAGAGGGUGAUGCCACACCUGACAACAUCCCAGCCGACAUUGUCUUCGUGCUCAAAGACAAGCCUCAUGCACACUUCCGCCGAGAUGGCACCAAUGUGCUCUACAGUGCGCUGAUCAGCCUCAAGGAGGCGCUGUGUGGCUGCACUGUGAACAUUCCCACCAUUGAUGGCCGAGUGAUCCCUUUGCCCUGCAAUGAUGUAAUCAAGCCAGGCACCGUGAAGAGACUCCGUGGGGAGGGCCUCCCCUUCCCCAAGGUGCCCACUCAGCGGGGAGACCUUAUUGUUGAGUUCAAAGUUCGAUUCCCAGACAGAUUAACACCACAGACCCGGCAGAUCCUUAAGCAGCACCUACCCUGCUCCUAGGCUCUGCCCCCGGCCAGUCUGGAGCCUACCACAGCAAUACCCUCACACUCACCCCAUCUCAUGGGGACCCGGCUGGAUGUCCACUGGACACUGGCACUUUUCUAAAACUCAAACAAAAAAGCCACUGAUUUUCAGGAAAACGUUCCUGUCCCCAACCCCUUUCAGAGCUGGGCUGCUUUGGGGGAAUGGGAGGGAGGUGGGGAGAGCUAGCCCAGGCCAGGGGUCAAUUUUCUGUCACUAGCUUUGAAUCCAGUCCCCACUCCAGGGGCUGGAGAGUGACUUGAGUGCUACUUGAAGAUCUAGAGUCCUUGUCCAUGCCUGUAAAUAGCAUGCCCUCCUCCCCUCUCUCAGCCUUGCUAACCCUUUCCUCUCCCUUCCCUUUGGCGUCCUCCUGUUUCUGGAGAAAGAGGACAGAAAGGACCCCCCCCCCCAGGUCUGUAGUGUCCAAGACUAACCCACAAGUAUUCAUGCACACGAAGCACUUGCCUGAAGUGGUCUGUGUCUCUCUGGGAGACAAGAGGAGAGGACAUAGGAAGGAGAGGUCGUUACCUAUGAACAAGGCCAUUCAUUGAGCACGAGACACUUUUUCAUUUGGGGCAGGGAGGUGAACCACCACUCAGGAGCCUCCCCAACAGCUGCCCUGCCCUACACCCACCAAGUUGGAGGGUCCGCUCCCCCGCUGCUCUGAGGAGUGUUCAAGAAUAGAGAAAAGAGGGGCUGAAGCAUUACAGCUAAGAGGUGGGGCAGGACCCAUCUCCCAGCCACGGUCAGGAAGGAAAGGGCUUUGGGGUCAGGUGGCAGCUACUCCCCACCAAGAGAUUCAGGAUUAUAGGUUCCUCCCCACAUCUCUGAACUCAGGGUCUAGCCACCCCAAACUUCCAAACCCCACUUUUGUGAUAUGUGAAGCUACUUAUUUCUUACCUUUCUGGAGGCUUGUCGGAGAUUUCCAGCCCCUCUCUACCUGUGUGACCCCCACCUCACUCCCACAGUUGUAUAAAAGUCUAAUAGUGAAGGAGAUGGGAGAAGACUGCUUCAGCUGGUCCUGGGGUGGGGUCUUUAGGUUUUCUCACUUUGACAAGCCCCUGAAUGUUUUUAUAGUAGUUUUUUGUAUUUUUUUGUAAUGACAGUAUUAUGAAAAAAAUAAAGUAUUUUAAAAAUA